AUGUCCUUCGUUUGCCGUAGCCUGACUCCCGUAAUGCGCCUUAGAAGGAAGUUCGAGCUUGUCCGGUUAGCGUCGCGGAGACGGCAACUUUGCGCCUCGCGGCGGCUUAGGCCUCAGCCUUUCGCUGCCACGCGUGUUAUGUUUGUUUUCUCUCGCUUUUACCUCAACUUUCGCUUAUCCAUGACUUCUUUUGUUUUCUUACCACCGCGCUCCCUAACGCCGUCAUGCCGCCUAAGUCGAUUUCGCCUUGGCCGGCAUUCCUUCGGAAGAACUGUUCGAAUACUCUACUCCAGGACAAACCUCUUGGCUCGCUCCCUCGCCGCAUCUGUCUCUGCUUCAGAUGUAACCCUUUAUCGCUCGCCGUACAUCGUAAAGGCCCAUCGUGUUUCGGCAGGCAGAUUGUUACUCCGCCACCUACUUACCUCUCUCUCUCUCUCUCUCUCUCUCUCUCUCUCUCUCUCUCUCUCUCUUUCUCUCUAUAUCUAUCUCUCUCUUGCUCUCUCUCUGUCUCUUUACCCGUUUCCUCUUGAUAUUUAUUUUAUCUUUCUUUACUUAUUUUCUUUCUCUAUCUUUGUCUCUCUAUUGCCUUUUCUUUCUUUUUUUCUUUCUUCUUUCUCUCUUUCUCUUCUGUUUUGCCUUUCUUUCCUUCUUUUUCACUUCAUUCUUUCUUUCUUUCUUUCUUUCUUUAUCGUUCGCCCUUCUCUUUCUUUUUUUUAUUUCCUUCUUUUUCCUUUAAGUAUCUAUUUCCAUUUUCUUUUCUUUUUUCUUCUUACUUCCUUUCUCUCUCGGUUUUGUCUCUAUUUCUCUUUCUUUCUUUCUUUCUUUCUUUCUUUCUUCUAA